AUGACCUUGUCUGGCCAUGGAAAAGUAGAAAUCGCCAUAGAUAGAGGCGGAACCUUCACCGAUGUCAUCUACAAAUGUAAUAACCAAGAAGAACAUUCGUUCAAGUUGCUAUCAGAGGAUCCGGCCAACUAUCAGGACGCAAAUAUCGAGGGCAUACGUCGGGUUCUAGAAAAACUCACAGACUCUACUAUCCCUAGAGGCACACCUCUUGAUACAUCGAUUAUAUCUUCUAUACGAUUGGGAACCACAGUGGCUACCAAUGCUUUGCUAGAGAGAAAAGGUGCUCGCAUUGCCCUUGUUACUACCAAAGGGUUCAAAGAUUUGCUCCAUAUAGGAGACCAAUCCAGGCCAGACUUGUUUGCAUUAAAUAUCGUAAAACCUGGGGUACUCUAUGAUAAGGUGGUAGAAGCCGACGAAAGAGUUACCAUGCCUGCUUUUUCCGUGGAUCCAACCGGUUAUGAUGCCCAAGAUCUUGUAGACGAUGUUCGAUAUGUUUAUGGAGAGACAAAUGAAGUCUUUGAAAUAUUGCAACCUUUAGACACAGAUAAACUAACUGAGGAUUUGAUCCAGUUGAAGAACGAAGGAAUAAAUUCCAUCGCUAUUGUAUUUAUCCAUGGCUUCAACUUCCAGAAGCACGAGAAGCUUGCUGGAGCAAUUGCCAGAGAAUUGGGAUUUUCCAACGUGUCUCUUUCUCACGAAAUCUUGCCUGUUAUAAAAACGGUCUCGCGUGGCCAGUCAACAACAUUAGAUGCCUAUCUAACUCCAGUGGUCAAGCGGUAUAUCACCAAUUUUGUUAGCGGUUUUAAGCCUGGUUUUGAAUCCCACACCAGAAUCGAGUUCAUGCAAUCAGAUGGUGGUUUAUGUACAUGGAAAAAUUUUACAGGCUUACGAUCUUUGCUUUCAGGUCCUGCUGGUGGAGUCGUGGGGGCUGCAAAGACAUGCUAUGAUGCCGAUGUUAAAAUCCCAGUCAUAGGGUUUGAUAUGGGAGGCACAUCAACGGAUGUCUCCAGAUUCGCAGGUGAUUAUGAAUUUUCAUUUGAAAGUGUAACUGCUGGCAUAAAAAUAGCUGCUCCUCAAUUAGACAUCAACACUGUGGCUGCUGGUGGAGGAUCGAUUUUGUUUUAUAGAAAUGGGGCAUUUGCAGUUGGUCCAGAAUCCGCAGGGGCCCAUCCAGGUCCAGCUUGUUAUAGAAAAGGCGGUCCUUUGACUAUUACUGAUGCCAACUUAUUCACUGGCAGAAUCAUUCCAGAGUUCUUUCCUAAGAUAUUUGGAUAUUCUGAAGAUCAACCGUUGGACUACGAAAUUACAAAGAAAAAAUUCGAAGAAUUGGCGAAUGUGAUAAACAAAGAUAAUCCAGAUGUGCCAAAAACUCCAUUGGAAAUUGCCUUGGGGUUCUUAAAAGUUGCAGAUUUUCAAAUGGCAAGACCAAUUCGAGAUUUAACAGAAUCGAAAGGUCAUGAUGUUAGCAAGCAUUCUCUUGCCUCUUUUGGUGGAGCUGGUGGUCAGCAUGCAACUUCAAUUGCCAAAAUAUUAAAAAUAAAGAGAGUCUUGAUACACAAACACUCAUCCAUUUUAUCAGCAUAUGGUAUUUAUUUAUCUUCUGUUGUUAAUGAGCAACAAGAACCGGUCUCAGAGGUUUACUCCAAGGAGAUUGCACUUAUGUUGCUUGAUAAAUGUAGUCAAUUGAAGGAAAAAUGCCAGAAGGAGUUAUUAAACCAAGGAGUACUACCCAACACCAUCAACUACACUGUCUAUUUUAAUAUGGGCUACAAAGGCUCUGAUACAAGAAUAAUGAUUAAACAAAGAAAGAAGCAAGAUUUUUUGGACUCAUUUUAUAGAAGACAUGACCUUGAAUUUGCAUUCAAUGAUUACGAAAAGCCUGUUUUAGUAUCUAAUAUAAGGGUAAGAGCAUGUGGGAGUGCUUCUGAACUGAUCCAAGAACGUUCACCAUAUAAAGAUUUUGAAUCAGUCACAAAAUUUCCAGUGUCAUCUGAUCUUAUCAAAAAGGUCACAGAAGUACAUUUCGAACAAGGUACUUUGGCAACUGCGGUAUUCUUCUUGGAUACAUUGCCUGUGGGGGCAGUAAUACCAGGACCAGCUCUAAUUUUGGAUGAAACUCAAACCAUCGUUGUUUCUCCCGAUUCUACAGCUACAAUUCUUCCAAGACAUGUGGUGCUUGAUUUGAAAACUGACGAGAAACAUUCCAUUUCCACCAACUUUGUCGAUCCUAUACAAUUAUCUAUAUUUGCAAACAGAUUCAUGUCAAUCGCUGAUGACAUGUCAAGAACUCUUCAAAAGAUAUCUGUAAGUGCUAAUAUCAAGGAACGGUUGGAUUAUUCUUGUGCUCUAUUUGACAAUCAAGGAAAUCUCGCAGCUAAUGCUCCAAAUGUUCCUGUUCAUCUAGGUUCUAUGUCCACUGCAAUUAAAUACCAGUUGGAUUAUUGGAAAGACAAUUUACGUGAAGGUGACAUCUUGUGCUCAAAUUCCCCAAGCGUUGGCGGUACACACUUACCGGAUGUAACUGUUAUUUCUCCCGUAUUUAUAGAUGGAAAGAUUCAGUUUGUUGUUGCUGCUCGUGCACACCACUCGGAAAUUGGCGGAUCUGCGCCUGGAUCUUCUUCUUCAUAUGCCAGAGACAUUUUUGAAGAAGGUGCCAAUAUUGAAGCCUGGAAAAUUGUUUCAAACGGCAAGUUUGAUUAUGAGGGAUUACAAAAAUAUUUUGUUGAAGUUCCAAGGAGUCAUGGUGUUUCGGGAACCAGAAAUAUAGAUGACAAUAUUUCUGAUCUCAAAGCCCAAAUCGCGUCUAAUCAACGAGGAAUUAAUUUGUUGAAGGAUUUAUUUGAGGAGUAUGGAAGUGAAACAGUGUUAUUUUAUAUGCGAAAUGUCAAGAAGUCUGCCGAAUUAGCCGUUCGAAACUUUUUCAAAGAUUACGCUACGAAGAACAAGAACAAAUUGCCGCUAACUGCAGAAGAUUUUAUGGACGAUGGAUGCAAAGUUCAAGUCAAAAUAGAAAUUGAUGAAAAUGAUGGAUCUGCUGUCUUUGAUUUCACGGGUACUUCAUUGGAAUCAUAUUCCAACCUUAAUGCACCAAAAUCGAUUACAUAUUCAACGGUUAUUUACGUCUUGAGGUGUUUGGUAAACCUAGAAAUUCCUUUGAACCAAGGCUGUUUGGACCCCUGCACCUUGAUAAUUCCAGACAACAGUUUGAUUAAUCCUAGUCGUUAUGCGGCCGUUUGUGCUGGAAACGGUAUGACGUCUCAAAGAUUGACUGAUUGCUUAUUCAGAGCCUUUGGUUUGACUUCAGCUACUGGUGGAUGUAUGAACGGUAUUAAUUUUGGCACUGGUGGUGAAGACGCAAACGGUAAAAUGAUUAAGGGUUUUGGUUAUACCGAGACUAUUGGGCAAGGAAGCUGCGCUGGAAUUCUUGAGAAGAAUGGAGAGAAAUAUGGUUUUGAUGGUUUUUCAGGAACGCAAACUAAUAUGACCAAUACGAAGAUAACUGAUCCUGAAGUUUUAGAGCACAGGUAUCCCUGUUUGAUACUUCAUUAUGGAAUAAGACACAAUUCUGGUGGUAAAGGGAAAUGGAGAGGAGGUGAUGGCUUGAUUCGAGAAAUAAGAUUUAACUCACCUGUUCAUGUUUCGUUGGUAACUCAAAGACGAGUUUUCCAGCCUUGGGGAAUUUAUGGAGGCGAUCCGGGAGCUCGAGGUGAGAAUUUUUUGGGAAGAGAUAGAGGGAACGGUGUUAUUCAGUGGAUACAAUUGCCAUCUUUAGCUGAAAUCGAGAUUGGCAAGGGAGACAUUCUCAAAAUUCUCACUCCAGGCGGAGGGGGAUUUGGUCGACCUGAAGAUACUGACGAGUUUUGGGGUGUAACCAGGAAACAAAAGGAAAAUUUUAAAACUACUGUGAACUGUGAGGGCACUCUUGGUAAAAUAAGAGAUGCAUGCAACUCAUCCCAGUAG